AUGUCCUCGCCUCUUAUUACAUUGGCUUCAUCGUCCAACCCGCCUUACACGAGCACGACGAUUCUCCGGGAUCCUUCAUUCGCGGCGUAUUUGAAUGGCGCCGAGGAAAACUUUGUCCUAAGACUUAACGGCAGCACCGGCACCUCCGUUUCGAUCCCACUGGACACGUCAGAAAUCGAUGUUGUCCAAACGGAGAAAUAUUUCGACGAGAAUUAUGAUCCCGACCUAAAAAGAGACUGCGAGCGCAAUCCGGUAGACAUUGCGACACCGAGCGUUCAUUCCGAGUCGACAUGGAACAGCCAAGCCGCUUUAUUACAAAAACAACCUAGGAGUACCAAAAUGAUCCAUUUUCUUGCACGCUUCGGCUGCGGCAGUUCCUGCCGAGACAAGAACUCCGGCAGCAGCAGCCGCAACGGUACCGGUAACGGUAAAUCGGGGCAGGGACACCAAAAUAACGACGUUGAUUUCAGCUUCCCGGGUUUUAAUCCGAAGGCGGGAAAUCAGUCGAUGUUUUCGAACUCUUUUAUUGGAGCUGGGACCGGACAAGACGGUAGAAGUAGCCGUUCCUCGUCCAUGGCAGACAGCGACAGCUGCGCGAGUUCAGACCUAUUCGAAAUCGAGAGCUUGUCGCCAAGAAACGGAUAUGCGCCCAGCUCCGACUUCUCGGUCAUGUCCGAAUCCGAGGAUGUGAAAUCUUCCCGACCUCCUCGGCAGCGGAAGAUUGGCUCGUUUAAACCGCGAUGGAAUGUUCUGUCGGGAUGCAUGAACCGCAAGGCUGUCGAGAUCGUCGGCGCCAGAGCAACCGAGGUUUCGAACAAGGCCUCGUAUAGUUAA